AUGAUUCCCCCGGUAUUCCGUCUGAGCCACGCUACAGCUGUCUAUCCUACGGAUACGACUGCCGAGAGCCCGGCGUUCUAUCGCGGCGACGUCACUGUGGAGCGCUGCCGGUGCAUCAUCGUCCUCGUCGAGCGGGUCUGUGCGUCUAUCGACGGGUGCGGCGGCCGAGUAGGCAACAUCAAGCUGUCCGUGGGCAGUGGCGAUACGGCUAAGGGCGGCGGCGUGGGCGGCGACGUGGGCGUGUCCAGCGGCGCGAGCAAUAGCUUCACGAGCGGCAAUGUGCUGAUGCACACUCCGGAUGGCGGCGUGGGCGCAAACAGCACGGCCGCUUCGUCGGGCCUGAUCAAACUGACGACGGGCUGGGCUCGGCGGGCGGCGCAGGUGACGUGUCUGACUGCGGGGGCGAAAGUGGCCCGCCGUCUUCGGAAGAUCCUCGUCAUCAGAUGCCGCAAGCCCGUGUCCUCCGUGUUUGAGCUGCUGCUGUCGCCCUCGCUCGUGUUCAUCGCCAACCUGGACUCGAUCUUCGGUACCGGGGGCAACUACAGCAGCUCGUCCGAGGCGGCCACGGGCACCAUUAUGUACACGGGACUGGACUCGCCGGCGUACACGGACUACGGAGCGCUGAGUACCAACAUGCCGACGUUCUACAGCAGCGGCCAGAGCGUGAGGCAAUUCCUGCUGAUCAGCUACAUCAAGUUCGUGUCCACGACCACGACGGCCACGAUGUUCGAGAAGAACCGGAGACCUAACAGCUCGUCCACGAAGGGCUUGGCGCUGGCGUAG